AUGAUGGUUUAUGAGAUAUUGUUAAUUUUUAUUACUAUCAAUUAAUUGCCUCCUUACAUAAAUCUUAAAACAAACUGGUUUUUCAUUAUAAUUUAUUUAAGUUUAGAUGGAAUAAAUUGUGGUUAUUGUUCAAUAGAUAAUUGUGAAUAUUGUUUUGAAUAUGUUUAUGAUAAUAAUAAUAAUUUAAUAGUUUCAAUAGAUAAAAAUAGAGAAUAUAUAUAAUGGGAUAAAUAUAAAAUACAUUUAGGUUGUGCUUAAUGUUAUAAAGGUUAUUAUUAUUCUUUUUAAACUAAUAAAUGUGAAUUAUUAUCUUAAGAUAUGUAAUUAUGUGAUAUUGCAAUAUAAUUAUAUUCAAAUUAACAUAUUUAAUGUUUAAAAAGUUAAUCUUUAAUUAAUUCUAUAUAAAAUAUAUAUUGUGAACAUAUUCCAUAAUGUUUAUAAUGUAUUAAUAAUUAUUCAUAAUCAAUAAAUUCAUUUUUAAAUACUCCUAAAAUUAAUAAUUAAAUAUAAAUAAAGACUAAUAAUUCAAUAAGGAUUUUAACAGCUAUAGAUUUUAAACACUCAAUACAUUGA